UUUUCAGGUAAAAAAUGAACAGAAAUCGCAAAGGACACGAUUUAGAAAACAUUGAGCAUCGAUUCACCGAUGAGGACUUGGCAGGUCUGAAGGAGCAAAAGCUUUUUAAUGGUAAAUGGAUUAUUUUGGAGAAAAAGGAGAAACGAGGAGCCGCGUAUUGUUAUCUUGUGUGUGACAAGCCGUGCAAGAAAUUUGGGAUUCUUUACUUGGAAAUCGGCGAGGACAACGUGACAACCAUCGCGAAUCAAGUAGAUUUCUAUCAUCAGCAAUCGUCACUUGGCUAUUCUCAUCGAUUUUCCGCUUUAAUUGAUGCCGGAAUCAUAAAUAAUCACGUCUUCUUCAUGGUCGUCAGAAUCCGUGCAGGACCCACUUUACAUGAUCUUUUAAAAUGUCUGAGCAGUGAUAAAAUGUCCGUAACUACUGCCAGUUUCCUCGCUGUCGACAUGAUUUCUGCUAUCGAAAUUCUGUCAGCUUCCGGAUGGGUUUUGAGAAAUUUCGACUCGAAACAAUGGAUGUUGGAUAUCAAAACGAGGCAGUUUUAUUUGGCCGAUGCUACUGAUAUCACCGUCUCCUCUGACAAACGUCACCGUGCCAUCGACGAGAUUCAUCUCAGAACAGCCGAAUCUAUAGAUUUGCAUUGGAAAACCGGAGAUUUGAUCUACGCGCCGCGCUCUUUUGUCGAUCGAGAUCAAUCUCAUCGAAUGACUGAAUUGGAUAUGAUGGAAAUGAUGCUCUAUGUGCUCUACGAUUGGACACAUGGAAAAUUGCCGUGGAAAUCGUCGAAAUCCAGAGAAAGAAUUAUGGAAAUGAAGGAAUUGUUCAUUGAAAAUUUGCAAAAAGAGCCGGAAGAAACGAAUAAAGUCGAGCAGCAAAUUGAUGUUGAUGUUUGGUUCGAUAUCGCACUCCGAAACUUUGCAAAACAUCUGAAAGUGGCAAAAGAAGAGCAAGAAAAGCUUGAAAAACUGCCGGUUCGUGGUGGAGCAUGGUGUCCAAAGGGUCCACGUGCUGGAGCACAAAUUUCGACUGUGAAUUAUCGUGGAAUCAUUGACGAUUUCUACAAAAUUGUGUGCAGCGGACGACCGGCUUGGGCUCUUCAUUGGCGGGAUGUAAUGCUCGAUUGGGACCGGAAACUGGAGAAUACGCCAGAAACAUCGAAAAUGUUCGAAGCCUACGAAAAACACCAGAGAUCUCUCGAAAUUUCGGAAGAAUGGGAACGUCUACAAGCGACUCGCGAACAUUAUACAGUGAUGAAAAAUCACACAGAAACGGAAAUGGCAAAGAAUCAGGCGGCAAUUGUUGAGUAUUUGAUGCCAGAAGAAGAAGCUAAAGAGGAACCUAUUGAUAAGAAGAAAGAUCCAGAAGAAGAAGCAGCAGCAGCUGUUGUAGGGAAGAAAAGAAGAGGAAGAAAGCCUAAAAAGAAGGAUGAUCCGAAAAUGGAAUUGAAGGAUGAAGUGAAAGAUUUGAAAGAUUUCGUGGUUGAAGAAAGCACGUCGGCCUCUUCUAGUGCACCAAAAAAACGACCGUGCUGCUCGUCUGGCUCGCCGUUAAAAUCGUCCGGUGGAAGAAGACGUGGUUGUGAAAUCAGAAGAAAAUGAUGAUUUUUAGAAAUUCGUCACUUGUACCAUCAAUCAAUUCUCUGGAAGAUCAAUCGAUUUUAAUUUUUUUUUAAUUUUUAAAUAAUUGUUUUGUUUAAUGUUAUCCCGUUAUAUUUGUUGAAUUUUUUUGUCGUAAUACAAUUUUUUUUUGUUGAAAAU